GCCCUCCCCUGCCGUGCCCCCGGCAGCAGCCCGUGUUCCAGCAGCCCAACUACGGCCCCUGCCACUAUGAGAUGAAGCAGUUCCUGGAGUGUGCUACCAACCAGAGAGACCUGACCUUGUGUGAGGGCUUCAACGAGGCACUGAAGCAGUGCAAGUACAGCAAUGGUGUUUCUUCUCUCCUGUGA